AUGAGCGGAUUGGAUGGACGAAAGUAUGGAAAUGAAGCAAAACGGAAGUGCGAGAUCCAAAAGCGUGCUCGAACGAAUGGAAGAUUCCGUCGGCCUCAACUAUUUGAGGUAUUUUUUUCAUUUCAUUGUGAGCUUAUUUUUCAAAAAGAGAGUGUAUGACAAGAUUGCAUCAAUGUUGAAGUUAGGAUUUUUGAGAGCCACGGAUAAGUUCAUGACCAAAAAAAAAUUAGUACUGGAGUCCAUGUUGCGCAGAAGUUCAGUCUCCCUUUUUCAACUCUGAUUUUUCUUGAUGAUUUAUCAAAAAUUGCUUCAGAAGCUUUUGCAUUUGGACAAUUAACAUACAUUUUUCGUAUUCAAAUCAAAAUUUUUUGAAGUCGUUCUUGGUGCAAAAGCUUCCUAAUUUUAUAAACGAUUUUAAGAUUGAAAUUUCUAUGAUACUUUUGCGCUUCCUGAACCAUUCCGUUUUAAACUUAAUCGCUUUUCCAAAUCAAUCAAGUAGUUUCAAAAUUUCACGUUCAAUGUCAUUGAAGCGAAGAAGUUCAGCAAUCUUGUCAUAUACUCUCCAAGGCCCAAUCUAGAAAUGAAAUAGGUUUCUUAAUUUCAGAAUUAAUCUUGUAAUUUAGACAUCGAUGAUUGUAUAGGACGACGCGGUCACGCUGCUUUUCGUCGCCGAAUUAAAAAUUUCUUAUUUUUCGAUAAAAUGUUUGUUAAACUUUGGAAGUAAACAUGGGAUGAUGACCACAGCGCGACCGCAUCGUAGGGCCUCAUGUCUUUUAGGAUUUAGUAGGAUAGGGUCUUGUUUGAAGUUGGGGAAAGGCGCGCGAAGAAGUAGAAUUUUCCUGAUUAAAAUAGUUUUCCGCGCAUCUUCCUUCACUUUAAAUAAGGUCUGUUGCUUCUCAAACUGGCUGAGAUAGUCGAUGAUGUACUGGAAGUUUUGGAAGUCCAUGGAUGAAAGAAGUAUGAAUAUGCAGAGCGUGCUGAAAGACUUGUUAUUCUGAGAUUUCCAAGCUUGCAUUUCAAUCAAAAAGGGUGAGCUUCUUCUUGGCUUUUGUCAGCAAGAAGAAAGGGGGCUUCUGCCGGUUCUUUGACAUGGGGAUAUUCGUGUCGAGCAUGACCUCGGUCACUCUUUCCGGAGGGGAGAUCUCAGCCACUCGGAACCUCUGAGUGGCACUUCGGUCCAACCAAGGAGACUGGUGCACUGUCCCACUCCUCCGUGCUCCUACACCCAGUCAGUCUCUCUGACUUCAACUUUUUCCGACUCAAACUGCUUGGGAUCUCAGAAAAACUAGACUUUAACAUGACUGCACGAAAUUUCAAAGUCACUUUUGGGUAUUGAUUGGUCUAGUAAAUUAUCCAGGAGCCGAAAACUUGCAUUGGUGCGUCUAUGCACCUUACUUUCGAUGAUCGAUUUAUCUUGUAAAUUCUUCCUCAAGAGCCAAAAUCUAUCCUUAGCGCGCCAAUGCAUUUAUCGAUUCGUUUAGUAACUCCUUUACGCCUAGUAAAUCCUCUAGGAGCCAAAAACUUCUUUCAUCCAUGGGCUUUCAAGUAGUAUUUCAUGUUGUAUCCUGACUCUGUAGAUGUCCUUUCCUUCUCUCAUCUCCAAAUGAGAUUUUCUCACUUCGGUCAGAAAAAGAAGGUUUCGACUUUCACGGAAGAGAGUUCUCAGUCACUUGGACUUCCAAGUGGCAACUUCGGUCUGACCAAGGAGACUGGCGAUUUUCCCACUCUUCCGUGCUCGAGUUCACUAGCUUGACCUGUCAAGCUUCGAACUUCAGGGAGAUGAUCAGAAGAGAAAGACUUGUACAUCAGAGAGUAUCUCAGCCAAUUUGGAGAAGACGUCAUUGCAUGAGUGUAUGUGAGAACAGAACACAGUUUAAAUACGAAGACUUUAUUGAAAGGCAUAGAAAAGAGAUCAUGAUUGACAAGUUGAAGAUGAAGAUGUAGAAGAAAUUGCAAUCUGUAAAAUCAUUCUUAAUAUUGCAAUUUGAAUAUAAAAAUGCUGUAUUAAUAUUGCAAUUUGAAUAUAAAAAUGCUGUAUUAAUAUUGCAAUUUGAAUAUAUAAUAAUGCUGUAUUAAUAUUGCAAUUUCAAUAUAAAAAUGCUGUAUUAAUAUUGCAAUUUGAAUAUAAAAAUGCUGUAUUAAUAUUGCAAUUUGAAUAUAUAAUAAUGCUGUAUUAAUAUUGCAAUUUCAAUAUAAAAAUGCUGUAUUAAUAUUGCAAUUUGAAUAUAUAAUAAUGCUGUAUUAAUAUUGCAAUUUCAAUAUAAAAAUUCUGUUUGAAAAUGAAAAAUAUUGAGCCGCCUACUCCUGCUUGCCCAUUUUUCAGACAGAAACUUGGAUUCUCCAAGUGAAAGGCCCAAAGCGAUGUCGCUGGGACAUCUUCUGCCGUGCUGUGAUGAGAUCGGCCGGGAGACCGGACUCGACUUUCGCAAGUCGUCGUGAGCACUCUCUCAUCAGAAUGGCGUGGCCUCCAUUGAGCACGACUUCCGAUGUACAGCGACAACUCUUUGGACCGUUCGGAGUGCAAAAAUCGAGGCACAAGCAAAAUAUACAAAAAUGGUUUCAGAAAGCUCAAUUCUACUGUCUUAUUCAAUUGUCAUAUUCUAAAAUAAAUAUUCUAUUCUUUCAAUGUUCGUGUUAGAACAAACGUUUAACACUGCGGCCAAAGCAGUUAUUGGGCUUCUGAAGUAUUUACUAGACUAAUCAAUAUGUGCAUUGAUGCGCCAAUGCGAGAUUUUGGCUCUCGAAAGAGAUUUACAAAAUCAAUCGAUCAUAAAAAGUAGUGUGCAUGGGCGCACCAAAGCAAGUUUUCGGCUCUUGGAGGAUUUAGUGAACCGAUCAAUAUCCAAAAAUGUCUCGGAAAUAUCGUGCAAAGUCAUGUGAAAGUAUAGUGUUUCUGAGAUUCGAAGCCGUUUGAGUCGGAAAAAAGUUGGAGAGACGGACUGGGCAUAGGAGCACGGAGGAGUGGGACAGUGCACCAGUCUCCUUGGUUGGACCGAAGUGCCACUCAGAGGUUCCGAGCGGCUGAGAUCUCCCCUCCGGAAAGAGUGACCGAGGUCAUGCUCGACACGAAUAUCCCCAUGUCAAAGAGCCGGCUGAAGCCCCCUUUCUUCUUUCUGACAGAAGUCAAGAAGAAGCUCGCCCUUUUUGAUUGA